AUGGAUGGGAGUCUCGGGGAGAUGUCCCUCCACAGCCACUCCGAUCUGGCUCACAGUCAGGACGGCAGGGCCAUGCUGCACUCGCGGGACCUUUCAGCUGCUUUCCCCAGGCCCUCCCUUGGGGGACCCUCCAUGUCCCUGGAGCCGGAGCCCCGUCCGCCGGGCUUCGACCACUCCAUGUCUGCACUGGGAUACAGCGGCGACUCCCCGUCCAGCUCCGGCAGCACCUACACCACCCUGACCCCCCUGCAGCCCUUUGACGACAAGUUUCACCACCAUCACCAUCACCAUCACCACCCCUGCCUCCCUGUCAGCAACGUCAUCGGCAGCUUCACCCUGAUGCGCGAGGACCGAGGCCUUGGCACCAACUUCUACAACCCCUAUGGCAAGGACCUGGCCAUGACGCAGAGCCUGUCGCCGCCCUCCACGGGCUCGGGCCUGGCCUCCUCCAUGCACGGCUACGGCAGCUUGGGCAACAGCCCCAACGGCAACGGCGGCCAGAUGCUCCACGCCGGCUACGACGUCCACGGGGGGAGCCUCUUCUGCCGGACGUCCGAUUUUGGCCGCGAGAUGUCGCCGCCGGGUCUGGGAGGAGGCGACGUGUCAGUGGGGCAUCAGCUGAAUAAAAUGGAGGCCCACCAGCACGCCCCGGGCCACCACGCUCACAUCUACAGCCAACACUACCAGCCCCACCACCACCCGAGCCAGCAGGCCUCCAAGAUGGGCGAGCACCUGCACUCCUCAUCGUCCGGCUCGUCCUCGCCCGGUGAGGGCAUGCUGCCGGGCUCGCAGGGCAGCGGAGGCGGCGGGGAGGAGAUCAACACCAGGGACGUGGCCCAGCGGAUCAUCACUGAGCUGAAGAGGUACAGCAUCCCCCAGGCCAUCUUCGCCGAGAGGGUUCUGUGUAGGUCACAGGGCACGCUGUCUGACCUCCUGAGGAACCCCAAGCCCUGGGGCAAGCUCAAGUCCGGCCGUGAGACCUUUAAGAGGAUGUCCCGCUGGCUGCAGGAGCCCGAGUUUCAAAGAAUGGCCUCACUCCGGCUGGAGGCCUGCAAGCGGAAGGAACAGGAACAGAGCAAGCUGGAGCGCAACCAGGGCCCGAAGCGCACCAGGCUGGUGUUCACAGACCUGCAGCGGCGUACGCUCAUGGCCAUCUUCAGGGAGAACCACCGCCCGACCAAAGAGCUGCAGGUCACCAUCUCCCAGCAGCUGGGCCUGGAGCUCUCCACUGUCAGCAACUUCUUCAUGAACGCCCGCCGACGCAACGUCAACAAGUGGGCGGACGAGGGCCGUCCCUCCUCCACGGGUUCCUCGGGCUCAAGCGUUUCCUCCUCCGCAGUGUCCUGCAGCACGGCAUGA